CUUCGAUCGUAAACAUUUAGGCUUUGAACGAUCUAGCGGUGUCUGUUAAAGUGUAACGAUAACAGCUAAAAUUAAAGGUGAGAAGGUUGCUGUUUUCGGUACGUGACGAAAACUUCUUUCCGUGAGAUAAAAACAGCUUCUUCCUCAUGGUAUCCAGCCUUACCCGUACAAGAUAAGGGGAAUCCACCAAUACACGAUUUGUGUGCACAACGAACCAGCCCGCCCACACCUCGGCAAAUUUAUUGCGGUCGUUAGAUUAUAGGUGUUACCGGAAAGCAUUUUUCAGAAUGAAAGUGUUACAGAACGUUGCCAAACAAUUGCGCCAAACCGCUGGCGUAUCUUCUUCAAUUAAGAGGGACUCUCGGCAUGGAUCAAAACUCACCUCGGCGCAAGUGUUUGCCCGAGAGGAUAAAUAUGGCGCACAUAAUUAUCACCCGAUUCCUGUGGCCAUCGAUCGUGCAAAGGGUAUCCACGUUUGGGAUGUGGAGGGCAAGCGCUACUUCGACUUCUUGUCAGCCUAUUCUGCCGUAAAUCAGGGCCAUUGUCAUCCGAAAAUUGUCAGGACACUCCAGCAGCAGGCCGAGAAGCUGACAUUAACGUCGCGUGCGUUCUACAACUCUGUCCUCGGGGAAUUCGAAGAGUAUGUUACAAAACUGUUUGGCUUUGACAAGCUUCUACCAAUGAACACAGGAGUUGAGGCAGAUGAGACCGCUUGCAAAUUGGCACGUCGCUGGGGAUAUGACGUGAAGGGAAUCCCCGAGAACAAAGCAAAAAUUGUGUUCUGCAAUGAGAACUUCUGGGGUCGAACGUUGGCGGCCAUUUCCGCCUCGACGGACCCUUCUUCGUACAAAGGCUUUGGCCCAUUUAUGCCGGGUUUUGAACUUAUCCCUUAUAAUGAUCUAAAGGCUCUCGAGACAAAACUUCAAGAUCCACAUGUAUGUGGUUUUAUGGUUGAGCCAAUUCAGGGCGAGGCAGGUGUUGUGGUACCUGAUGAAGGUUUUCUCCGGGGUGUGCGGGAACUGUGCACGAAAUACAAUGUACUUUGGAUCGCCGACGAAAUCCAGACAGGACUUGGACGAUGCGGAAAACUACUUUGCGUUGAUCAUGAAUCUGUUAAGCCUGAUAUACUUACACUAGGAAAGGCUCUUUCAGGUGGUGUUUACCCCGUAUCAGCAGCACUUUGCAACGACGACAUUAUGAUGGUGAUUAAGCCGGGGCAACACGGUUCAACGUACGGUGGCAACCCUCUUGCUGCAAAGGUGGGUAUCGCCGCUCUUGAAGUUCUGCUUGAAGAGAACCUCAUUGAAAACUCGGAAAAAAUGGGAAACAUUUUUCGAAAGGAGAUGCAGAAACUACUGCCAGGUGUCGUUAAAGCGGUACGAGGCAAGGGGCUCUUCAAUGCCAUUGUCAUUGACUCUCAAUAUGACGCUUGGGAUCUAUGCCUUCGCUUUAAAGAAAACGGUCUUCUGGCUAAACCUACCCAUGGGGACAAAAUUCGUCUUGCGCCACCAUUAACCAUUAGCGAAGCGGAGCUCCUAGAAUGCAUUGACAUUAUUGCCCGAACCAUAUCAACACUUAAAUAGUUUGAUACCUGCUGGCUGUUGAUCAAGCGAUCAUUCCAGUUGUGUCGCACAACUAUUCUACUUUGUAUAGCUUAUAAACAGUUUCACAGUGUGUAUUUGUGGGAAAGACAUGUUGAGCAUCAAAUGCGAACUAGUUUAAUCCUAUUAAGUAUAUAACAACAAGAGCCAAUGGUUAUAUCUAGAAGUUCUCAGAUGGUAUAUGCGAAUGUGUGCAUUCUGUUAACGUAAAAAACCUUUUCAUAGAUAAUUUAAUAAUAACGUAGAUACCUUUUGAUAAGAACAGCUUACCCAAGUAUUUGUUGAUUUAUUGGAACACAGCCCGAGGGCAUGUAAGGCAGGGAGGAUUUUAAUGUAACUAAAUAAAGACGUUAAUUUUGAUUA